AUGAGCGUGAACGUGAACAGGAGCGUCAGCGACGUCUUCUACCGCUACAAGAUGCCGCGCAUCGUGGCCAAGGUCGAGGGCAAGGGCAACGGCAUCAAGACGGUCAUCGUCAACAUGUCGGAGGUGGCCAAGGCGUUGGGCCGGCCGCCCACCUACCCCACCAAGUACUUCGGCUGCGAGCUGGGCGCGCAGACGCAGUUCGACUUCAAGAACGAGCGGUUCAUUGUCAACGGAUCGCACGAUGCCGCCAAGUUGCAGGAUCUGCUGGACGGGUUCAUCAGGAAGUUCGUGCUGUGUCCCGAGUGCGACAACCCCGAAACGGACUUGAUCGUCUCGCUGAAGCGCGGCACAGUCUCGCAGGGGUGCAAGGCGUGCGGCUACCACGGCCUGCUCGAGUCCAUCCACAAGCUGAUGACGUUCAUCCUGAAGAACCCGCCCAACUCGAACCCCGCCAGCCAGGGCUCCUCGCUCACCGAGGGCAAGAGGUCGAAGCGCAGCAAAAGGAACGGCGACGCUAAUGGAGACAAUGAGGAGCAGAACGAGUCGUCGUUGGACGGAUCGGUGGUGGACAAGUCGUUGGCUGAUGAGGAUGACCAGACGGAGUGGGCAGUGGACGUGUCUGAAGAGGCAGUUAGAGCUCGUAUGCUCGAUCUCACUGAUGGAGCUAAGAACAUGACCAUCAGCGAAGACCUGGAAAAGUCCGAGAAAGAACGUAUGGACAUCCUGUAUAACAUGGUUAAGGUUAAACGUGAUGCCGGUCAACUAGAAAACCCCCAAACGCAGAAAGAGAUCCUCAGCGAAGCAGAGCGCCUCGAAGUCAAACAGAAAGCGCCGCUCAUCUUGGCCGAGUUACUUUUCGACCACAACAUCUUGGCUCAAGCGAAAAAGUACCGUAUGCUCUUCCUACGGUUCGCUUUAAAUGAGAAGAAGGCGCAACGUUACUUGAUGGGAGGGAUCGAGCAGGUGGUGGCGCUGCAUCGCGACAAACUGAUGGGCAAGGUGCCCGUGCUACUGAAGGUCUUCUACGACAUGGACAUUCUGGGGGAGGAGUGCAUCAUCGAUUGGUCUGAUAAGGUGUCGAAAAAGUACGUCGCCAAGGAGGUGAGCCAAGAGAUCCACGACAAGGCGGCCCCCUUCGUCAAGUGGCUGAAGGAGGCCGAGUCGGAGGAAUCCGACGGCGGCGACGGCAGCUCCGGCGACGAGGAUGACGACGUCGAGAUCGAGUACGACGACCGCGCGCAGGUCAUCAAGAAGGCGGCGCCUGCGCCCAAAGCGAAGGCGGUGGUCGAGGACGAGGACGGCCCUGAUGACGUCGACAUCGAUGCUAUCUAGAUGUGGACGGUUGGGGACCGCGUCGGCAUCCUUUUUUUCUAUGCGGAGGAGGCGGUUUCGAUGGUGAGGCUUUUUCAAACGGGAUGUAGAAGUCAUCGGAAUGGACGUAAUCACCGAAAAUUGCAAAAUUCAUAAUAUCACCAAUAGAAGGCAACGGUCUCGAAUGUGUUAUCUUUGAAUUAUCAUUCAACUACCUAGUGUUACGUUUCUACUGUCUUGAAUGGCCAUUGAAAUCAUUCAAAUAAUUCUAAUUUUUAGAAAUAUAGUAAGUUACAAUUGUUUAGGCAACAUACUAUAACCACAUGACGUACUACAGCUGUGUGACUACAUGUUUUUAUAGUUGGCUUUGGCUGUAUGCCCUAUGACAAGAGGCCAUUAUGCAGUGCUGCCAACCCAGCCAUUUUAUGGUUAGUCCUAGCCAUUUUCAACCUCAUCCAGCUACUAGAAAUUGCAUCUAGCCAUUUUUCCAUUUUUUCUAGCUUAUUUUUCGGAAUUCCAAUAAAAAUAUUUUCAUUUUUAUUAUAUUCUCAUAGAUAGUUCAUUAUAUUCACGAUCUAAUGUAAGUCAAAUUUACACCAGUCUAUAUUUCUAUGGAUAUUGAAAACAGUUUCGAAAAAUAAUUUUAAUCAUCAAAUGAACUAGCUUUUUUCCUCAAGGUUUCUGGCUCAACCCGGCCCUGACGAGUUCAAGACGCUCGUCUAGGAUCUGCUGUCAUUUCAGUAUGGUGUAAAUCAGGUUUUCAAACAUUGUUGCGAGACUUAUAGUAAUUUGAAAGACAUUAUUGGAAACCAUAGGGAAGCGUUGAUCUUCGUUUUGAUUGGUUAAUAUUGAAGGCAAUACACACCUACCUAUUAUGACUAAUGACGUGACGAUAAAGAUCGAAGUUUUCUUUAUGGGAAGAUGAUCAAAUUAUCAAAUUUCAUUCCUUUGUCAAAUUUUUUAUAUGUCACAAUGCAUCCAGAGCAUAAGUACGAACUCAAAGUGAAUUUCAAUUAUUAGAAUAGUUAUGAUUUUGACAUAGACGGCCAUCUAUUGAUUUGGUCAGUGUAUAUAUUCCUUCAGAGGCAUCUACUAUCUCAUUUACUGGAAUGUACCAUAAGUUUUCCAACUUUUUACAGAAUUUUAAAUAUCCCUUUAACAUUUCUUAUAAUUAUCUGAGAAUAUUCUUUUUCGAUGGAAUGAUGAGCCUUAAAACCGAGCUGUUAACAUCAUUAUUAUUUUGUGCAUGCCCAUAAUUUCAUAAUAGAAUCAUUAUAUAUGAUAUUCCAAUAUUUAUAAUUUUUUUAUAAUCUAUCCUAUUUUCACCCAUAUUAGUACAUGGCUUUUCUAAUGGUAGUACGUUAUGAAAGUGGUGGAGGAGCCCAAACAAUAUCUUCACGAAUUUUUCAAGAACAAUUUGAUCACGCGAGAAUAAUAAAAAAUAGUUGUUCAGUGAUUUUUCAGAAACUAUGAAGAGGAUCGGAUGACUAGCGCCAGACAAACAAAUUUCUACUGCGGACAGUAGUAGUACUAGUAAUUGACCAUAACAGGGGAUCAGGGUGGUAAUCACCGAACAAAGAUCUUGAGUUUUGCAGCUAGGACCGUAAUGAAAUUCUUUUAGAAUAUACGAAAUAAUCAAUCAAUAAUAUCUCCUUUAUUUUACAACUUUUAUUGAUGCGAUGUUUGGUGGAUCUGUAUAUUUCGAUGAAUUCUACAUCUCCUCGAAAAAAGGUCUCACCCAGUACUUUUCUGGCGACUUUGAGAUGAUAACUCGAAGUUUAAUUUUUUUGUGUCACUGUGAAUUAGUACAGUUUAAUCUACUGGAUGUCUACUUUUAACAAACCCUCAAGCCCACAAUCAUUUCUUUACAGUUUACAAAGACUUCGGAUCAAGGUUGGCAGAAUUGUUAUUUAUAUACUUCUUUCACUUCCUUUGGUCUCGUGUUGCUUUUUGAAACAAGAAAGUUCG